GACAGAGGACUUGGAGAAGAAGAAAGAGCUUCGUGUGAAGUUCCAGUCCAAGAUCCUCCUCCUGGACACGAAGCUACGUGCAGGAGAAAAUGUCGGUGCCUCGGAGGCAGUCACAAUGCCAUGGCCGGACUGGCAGGCUCUGCUGGCGAAGCACCGAGCCGCUGCAGCUGCUGCAGGUUUGCCGCUGAGGCCGGAGCUGCCUGGCGAGGAGGCAGAGCCCGGCGACUCCCUGGCGGUCUUCCAAGAAGUCUCGCCGGGGGGCCAGGAGCCCGCAAGCUCCGUUUCGGAGCAGGUGCAGUUCACGGCCAACGAGACGGUCUACCUCAGCAGCCGAAGAGGGGUCAAGGGA